AUGUGGAAGAACGAGAUCCAAGGUGUGCACGCCUGGGAGAUCCCUCUAGAACAUUACAAUCUUUACAACCUGCUCAUCAUGUGCGCCUCGGUCCUCUACGCGCCGACCCAAGGUUUCGCCAAGCUCUCCCUCCUCCUCUUCUACCGGCGACUCGCGCCAUUCACCUGGUUCCGCGCGGCAAUCUACGUCGUCAUGUUCGUGGUGGUAGCGUACACGCUGGGCAUCAUGUUCUCGCUCAUUUUUCCCUGCAAGCCGGUCGCGUCUAACUGGGACGUCACAAUCGAGGGAGAAUGCAUCAACAAGGCGGGCAUAUACAUCGCUACGGCCGUCAUCAACAUCGCGACCGACCUCGCGCUGCUUGUGCUGCCCAUCCCCGUGCUCGUGCGACUGCAGAUCCCACGACUGGAGAAGGUGGCGCUGAUCGCCAUGUUCGGCGUCGGGUCGAUGACCUGCAUCACCAGCGUCGUGCGCCUCAUCAUCCUCAUCCCCAUGCUGACCGACCUCGACCAAACCUGGGCCGUCUCCAUCCCGUGCGUCUGGAUCCUCGUCGAAGCCAACCUCGUCGUCAUCUGCGGCUGCCUGCCCAUCGUACGCAAGUUCGCGCGGCACGUCGCCCCGAAGCUGUUUUCCUACGGCUCCUCGCCGGGGCCGUCCGACGACGACGACCCUUCGUCCACCGGUGGCGGCAGCAACAUCAAGGGCAAGAAGAAGAGCAGGAUGGCCGAUUUCACGUUCCACACCAUCGGGAGCAAGAGGAGCAAGCCGCUGGUGGGCGGCGCGAGGAGAGGGAUUGGAAAGGGGAGCUAUGGGGAGGACUUGAGCAAUAUUGAGCUGAAUACGACGUGGGCGGGCGACGAGACGGUUAUGGGAGCGGGAGAUACGGCGGGGAGCUUGGCGGACGAUGAUGGCAAGAGGGGCGAGAGUAGGGAUGGUAGUGGCAUGAAGAGAACGUGGAGUGAUGGCGGGAGCGAGACGUGCAUAGUGGAGACGAAAACGACGGUGGUGGAGUAUGGGGAGGCAACCGAGAGCAUCAGGAAUGGGUUCGCAAGGCCAAGAGGGGUAUGA